AUGGCCAACCCGGACCUCGAGACCGACGGCGGCGACGGCUUCCCGCCGGAAGUCGAGGCGUUCCGCGCCAGGGUCCUCGCCGCCGACUGCUUCCUCUUCGCCUCGCCCGAGUACAACUACUCCGUCACCGCCUCGCUGAAGAACGCGCUGGACUGGGCGUCGAGGGGCAGUGUCAAAUGCUGGGCGGACAAGGCCGCGGCCAUCGUCUGCGCCGGAUACGACUUCAAUGGCGGUAGGGGCUCACUCCACCUCCGCCAGAUCGGGAUCUACCUCGACAUCCACUUCAUCAACAAGCCGGAGCUCCACGUGAGGAUGUACGACGACCCGCCCAGUUUCGACGCCGACGGCAACCUCACUGACGCAAAGAACAGGGAGCGGCUCAAGAAGGUGCUCCUGUCGCUCCAGGCCUUCGCGCUCAGGCUCCAACCCAAGCAAGCAUGAGUGAACUCGCGCUCAAGGGGAGCGUACGUUAAGUACGUGCUGAUUACUCGGCAUUACUACCAGGCCUAUCCCUAGUUCGUGCAACAUUGUUGUGAUUUUACUCUGCAUUACUACCCUGCUCCGUACUCAUGCACCAGUUUUUGUGGUAUU